UCUACAUUUCCCAAGUCAAGCAGCCAUUGCCGUAGUUUGAUGUAGUGUCAUUGCUGUUAGACAAUUCAAUAAUUUAGCUUCGAAUUGUUUUAGUUCAACUAAUUGAAAUCGUUUAUUUUUCAUCCAACUUGUACCAUGUCUUCGAACAUCAUCGUGAUGUGAGGAUUUAAGAAUCAUGGACAAAAUAUAAUAUAUUGCAAUAUAGACAAAUAGACGAAGCACCGUCUUGCUAAUUAUAUGCUGAAAGUAUUUUCCACCUAAUAAAUAAGUCUUGCUUAAAAUAUUUCUUGUAUAUUACCUAUAUAGAAAUAUAAUUCAAUAUGGAUAGUUCCCCAAAUAACGACUUUAUAGCUUUCAAUACAUCUCCAAAAAAUGAUAACGGGCCAAAUUUUUAUCCAACACACUAUAGUAGUCCUAUGCAUGGUAAUCGCAACAGAAAUAAACAGAAAAUGAAUUAUCAGUAUGGCGGUAAUAGUAAUAAACAUAAUAAUAAAAACUAUCGAAAUCGGAACAGCAAUGGCAAUCACAAUAGAUCCGGAAAUAAAAUAUGUGAGGAUGAUAUAAAUCAAUACUUUCACCCUUCUAUGCUUGAAGAUCCUUGGGAGAGACUACUUAAAAACUCGAAUGGUUGUAACGUGUCAUUUAAUAAUUCUAUUAAUGCGCAGUACAUUGACACUAAAAAUGAAAGUGUGACAGAUUUCAUUGACGGUUCCACAGACAGUGUGGGAAGAAUAUCGUUUUGAACUAUUAAUCUGAUGCAGAAGUUCUAUACAUUUUGAAGAUUAUUGAAGAUGAAGAAAUACAGAUUCCUUGAGUAGCAAAACGCUUCCUCAUACACCCAGGAAGAUUGCAUAUUAUGAGAUUUUCAAGUGGAAGAUUGUAGAGAUUUGGUUUAUUAUAAAUGCUUAUGAUCUUUAUGUUAAAAAUAUUUUUAUAUGUAACAUAACAAAAG